CCGCGUUACGAGGUAGACCGCAUGUGACGACAGGUCUCUCGGUCGAAGGUUGAUAGAAAACGGCAUCAACUGUUGAAGACCACAGUACGGGAUACUUUCCACCUGAGUAGGGAACCCCGAGCCUGCGAAGUGCAAUUUUGGGAGCCCGUUGCCGACCGAAAAAUAAGCCACGAAUCACCAAUUCAACUCACACCAUUACCGCCUCCAGGCCCGACGGCGAUGACUCAAUGCUUCUCAAUAUUGUUUGUUGAUCCUUCCUUGGCCGCCGCGAAGGUGGCAUGCGCAACACAUCUCGACCGAAAUUCCCAACUGUUUCGGCCGGCCAUCAUGGAUGCGCCUAGGCAGCGCUAUGUCGUUCAAGGCGCAGGGGCGAAGCGCGGCCGUAUGAUCGAUCUGGCUGGCCUUUCUGGUCGUCCUCUUGACCAUGCACAGAUCGGAAGCUCAUCUGCGCCGCGUAGUCCGUGGCCUAAGGACGGAAUAGGUACCGUGAACUCGAGCCGCAAGUCUCAAAAGACGGCAGCGCCGGCGUGUUGUGACAAGCCGCACAGGUCGUGUUCAACUCUGAUUCAGGGGGUCGUGUGAGGCAGUACCAGCGUCCCAGCGUCCGACGUUGUGGCCAGCCAAGGCUGGGACCGUGGUGCAGGGCGAAUCUGGGUGACGGUGCAACCACGACCAAGGGAAAUACGCGGUGUGUGAGACCACACCAAUGCCGCGGCCUGCUUCGGCAUAACGCUC